AUGGGACUCUUACGCAUCAAGAAAGCUACGAAGAGAGAGCCAGCCCAGGAAGAACGUGGUUCUGACCGGGAAAACACCAACUCUGGUCGAGGAAAACUCGAGACUGAAGGGAAUACUGCUGGCCAGAAUAACCAAGAGAACGAGGUAGAAGCCCCCCCGGAAUACCAGUUUACACCCGAUCCCACAGCUGGUAGAGUUGCGAAGAAGAUACUGAAAAAAGUCGAUGAUUUGAUGGCUCGUGCGACAUGGGAUGCACGCCAAGAUUGGAAGCAUAUCGAUAAUAAUGAGAGGAAGGAUCUGGAGGCAUUGUACAAUUUCGUGAUUUCAUUGCGGCUGGAAGCAGGACAGCCCUGCUCGUGGUGGAAUCAGCUAUUAGCUUUACAAGACCUUCUCGAGCUUCGAGCUGAAGCUCGAAAAUUCUACGACGAUGUUCGGGCGUCUAGAGACCAACGUUUCUACCUUGACAGGCAGAAUUCUCGCGAUGUAGGAUCUACCACGUCAGUUACCCCCCCGCCCGGGCAAGGAUCAACCGUGGAGUUAUAUGACCCGAAAGCCGUUCUGAAGUACCUUUCCUCUAUAAAGAGCCCCGCUGACAGGGAUUUCGCGGAAGCCAUUCUGAAUGCAUUCAAUAUACCACCAUCGGAAGAAGCAAGAUUUCAGGACUCCGUACGUGACCUAAUCAACCGAUCGGAAGUCGAAACAGGCAUCCUACGGCUAGAUGACCGCGUUAUCCUCUGCGCGCUCGAUGUUUUGCAAAGAGCUGUCGACAUGGCUGAUGCGCAGUGUUCUGCGGCAACGUCUACGGGGAAUCAACCGAGUCGAUUGCGGACAACCUGCGAAGAGAUCUUGCGACACGUUAGCAACCGUUCCGGCAGACUUCCGCCGUCCAUACUCAUCCAAGGCAUUAAAUGCGAUUCUAAACACUUUGCUGGUCGCGGCGGAUCUGCGGGCGUCUAUAAGGCCGUUCUUGGUAAAGGAACCCGAGUUGCUCUGAAAGUCCUAUGUUUCAAGGACGGUACUAGGGAUGACCACAAGGAAUACGCACGCAAGAUGUUCCGUCGUGAGGCCAUUAUAUGGCGGCAGUUACACCAUCGAAACAUCCUUCCUUUAAUCGGUGUUUGUGAAACUUCUCCUGACUGGGCUGGCACUGGACCCGGAUUGGUGUCGCCGUGGUGCGAUAAGGGAAGUCUGACGGUGUACAUCCGAAAUCAUCCCCAUAAAUGCAAUCGUAUUUUUAUGCUUGAACGCAUCGCAGACUCAAUCGCUUACCUGCACAGCCACAAGGUCGUGCAUAAAGACAUUAAGCCGUCCAAUAUUGUGGUGAACGACAAGGAUGAGCCUUGCUUGACUGACUUCGGCAUAAGCACGUAUGAGAAUUCAUACACAGUCACGGCGGAGGUCGGCCACUCAGGGAGCCGAGGCUAUAUUGCUCCAGAGAUCCUCAUUAGUGUGACGAUGGGGGAAAACAAUCAAUACAUACGAGAGUCCGUCACAACAGCUUGUGACAUGUAUGCUUUCGCUUCUGUCUGCCUUGAGGUUUACACGCUAGAACAUCCCUGGAAAGGUAUUGCGGAACUGAUGAUGCAUAACAGCAUUGUGAAGGGCGAACAUCCCCCACGGCCUUCAGGAAAGUCAGCGCUGCCAGAUGCUUUGUGGUCCAUCAUGGAGCAGUGCUGGACGCUAGACCCGAUGGCUCGGAUGACGAGCGCUGCAGCCCAGAAAGCUCUGUCUGCUAUGCUGUCAGUGGAAGGACUUCCAAUUUCGGAUGCAUCUUCAAGUUGA